AUGGACAACAAGAUCGCGCCCGCGCCCGCACCCCUCGAGGUGUUCAUCGAGCCCACAAUCUCGGUGCAGGAAGGCACUGUCGAGCUUGCCGAACUCAAGGAAAGAUUCAAUGUCUGGAGUACCAUUGGCAUGGCAUAUGCAUUGAUCGCCACUCCUUUGGGGAUUGGCAGCUACUUGGUCUUUACGCUCGGCGUAGGCGGAUCCCCUUACUUCAUCUACGGCUAUAUCUUUGUCGCCAUCAUGCAACUAGCGGUGUGCUCCAGCCUGGCUGAGAUUUCCGCCGUCUUCCCCCACGCUUCUGGUGAGGAUGCCAUGCUUGACCUCCAAGUUGACUUGCUCACGCAGUGGUUACCAGGUCAGAUCUUCUGGGUUGCCGCGCUGGCCCCUCCUCGACUGUCGCGGGGCCUGAGCUACUGCAACGGUGCCUUCACCCUGCUGGCCUGGACAUUUGCGACCACCGGUUGUUUCGUCUUUACCGGACAAAUGUUCGUCGCCUUCGCCACCAUCUUGAAUGAACAGUAUCAAAUCCAGACCUAUCAGGUAUUUUUGCUUGCCAUCGCUUCCGCUCUCCUCUCGCUGGUCUUCAACAUCUGGCUUUUCAACUGGAUUCCGGCCAUCGCCAAAUUCUUUGUCGUCUUCAUCAACGCGGGCACGGUAUACCUCUUCGUGGCUCUACUGGUUCGCGCACAGCCCAAGGCCACCGCCAGUGCCGUCUUCACCGAGGUUGUCAACGAAACCGGUUGGGCCUCAAAGGGACUUGUGUUUUGCCUCAACGUCCUGCCUGGAAGUGCUUCUGUCACGGUCUUCGACGCCGCCGCCCACAUGGCGGAAGAGUUACCCCAUCCAGAGAAGCAAGUUCCACAGGUCAUGAUCUUCACCAGCCUCCUGUGCGCAUUGGGCGGGUUCAUUAUGAUCAUCGUCUACCUCUUCUGCACCACCAAUCCAGCGGCGCUCCUGGAGCCCAUUGGCGGUCAACCGAUCUUUCAGCUCUUUCUCGAUGCCUUCCGGUCGAAGCCACUACUGGUGAUUGCGGCACUCAUCUUCUGCGCCGUUUUCGUCUUCGCCAACAUCUCGUUUGUGACAACCCUCAGUCGCGUUUUAUGGUCCUUUGCCAAGCACCACGGCACGCCGUUCAGCGAGUUUCUUGGCCACGUCCACCCUAAUUCACAGAUUCCUGUCAACGCAGUCUGUGUCUGCACACUCGUGACAGGGUUGAUUUGUUUAUUGGACUUUGGGCCGGCUCUCAUCCUGAAUGCCUGCUUCGGCGCCAGCUCAAUCUGUGGUGCCGUGUCGUAUGGCAUGCCGAUUUGGUGUCUCAUCUUCAAGGGUCGGGGCGAUUUCCCUGAGAAGCGCCAUUAUUCAAUGGGAAAGUUUGGGUUGCUCGUCAAUCUUGUCGCCGUCCUGUGGCAAAUCUUUCAAGUGAUCUUUUUGACUUUUCCCUUAUAUUAUCCGGUGACGUCCUCGAACAUGAAUUAUGCGAGCGCUGUCAUGGGCGUUGGGGCCAUAGUGUUCGCCAUCAACUGGGUUCUUCAUUCUAGACGAUGUUACGAACAACCCAAGCCUCUAUUUGUGGCAGCACUGCACGGCAAUUUGACUCGAAAGGACGCUUGA